AUGGGCAGCACAGGGCAUCAGCAGCUGAGGACGUGGUGGAAGGAGAGCUCGGUCUACCAGAUCUACCCAGCCUCCUUCAAAGACUCGAAUGGCUCCGGCACCGGUGAUCUCAAGGGCAUCAUCUCCAAGGUCGACUACCUCCACAAGCUCGGGGUCGACAUAGUAUGGCUGUCCCCCAUCUUUGAGAGCCCCCAGAUCGACAUGGGGUACGACAUUAGCAACUACGAGGUCAUUGACCCACCCUAUGGUACCGUCGAGGACGUUGUGACGCUCAAGGACGCCCUGCAUGAGCGUGGGAUGAAGCUCGUUCUCGACCUGGUCGUCAACCACACCUCGGACCAGCAUGAGUGGUUCAAGGAGUCGCGCAAGUCCAAGGACAACCCCUACCGUGACUGGUACAUCUGGAGGCCCGCCCGCUACGACGACCAGGGCAAUCGCAUGCCUCCCACCAACUGGGACGCCCACUUUCAGGGCAGCGCGUGGGAGUGGGAUGAGGCCACGCAGGAGUACUACCUACACCUCUUCUGCAAGGAGCAGCCGGACCUGAACUGGGAGAACCCCGCGGUCCGGGCCAAGGUCCACGAGAUUAUGCGCUUCUGGCUCGACAAGGGCUGCGACGGGUUCCGGAUCGACGUCAUCAACUUCAUCUCCAAGGACCAGUCUUUCCCUGACUCCAAGAAGCCCGUGCACAGGGGCUCCGAGUUCUACGCCUGCGGGCCCCGGCUGCACGAGUGGCUGCAGGGCAUUGGCAAGAUUCUUCGCGAGUACGACGCCUUCAGCGUGGGCGAGAUGCCCUGCGUGCACGACGAGGCGGAGCUCAUCAAGGCCGUCCGCGCCGACCGCGGCGAGCUCAGCAUGAUCUUCCACUUUGAGCUCAUGGACAUUGACCACGGCAAGGAGGGCAAGUACUCCUACCAGAAGUGGCCCCUCACCAAGCUCAAGGAGACGGUGACCAAGUGGCAGCGCUUCAUGUACGACAAUGACGGCUGGAACGCCCUGUACCUGGAGAACCACGACCAGCCCCGCGCGGUCAGCCGAUUCGCCACUGACACGCCCGAGCUGAGGGCCUCCAGUGCCAAGAUGAUUGCCGCCUUUAUGGGCUUCCAGGCCGGCACACCGUUCGUCUACCAAGGACAGGAGAUUGGCAUGGUCAACGUGCCCAAGGACUGGCCGAUGGAGGAGUACCAAGAUGUCGACUGCCUCAGUCACUGGAACCUCUACAAGGACAAGAUUGACGAGGACACCAAGAAAGAGUACCUGCGCAACUACCAGAUGAAGUCCCGUGACAACGCCCGCACACCCAUGCAGUGGGACGACUCGCCGCAGGCCGGUUUCACGUCCUCGUCCAAGCCGUGGAUGCGGUUGCACGACAACUACAGGACCGUCAACGCGGCCGCACAAGUGGAAGACCCCACGUCCGUGUACCACUGCUGGCGCCAGGUCCUCGAGAAGAGGAAGGCCCACAAGGACAUCUUCGUCUACGGCGACUUUGACCUCGUGGACCAGCCCAACGAAAAGGUCUUUGCCUACAAGCGAAUUGCUGCUGAUGGACAGACCGCACUCGUCGUGUCCAACUUUACAGAUGGCGAGGUCAACUGGAGCGCGGGACAAGGGGUCAAGGACCUGGUCAUCAGCACAUCAGGACUCAGCCUGGAAGAUGUCAAGGGCGGCGACUUCACUUUGGCGCCGUGCUCGGCCGUUGCCGUGCUGGUGUAG